AUGAGAUUCUCUCCAGAGCCACUGGGAGGAUCACAAGAAGUUCUUAGCAUCUAUCCCAGCAAAACUUAUCAAAUCCAGACCACGCGAUCAUGGGACUUUCUUGGGUUGACAGACUCCAUGGUUGUAGCGGACAAAGAAAACCAUGAAGCUGCGGGUUCCUACAACGUGAUUGUGGGACUCCUUGACACAGAGUAUGGAAAUGCCCGGGACGACAAUGGCCACGGCACACACACGGCCUCCACAGCCACCGGAAGGCUCGUGAGCAACGCAAGCAUGCAAGGCCUGGCUCGAGGAACCGCCCGGGGUGGCGUGCCUCUCGCACGCCUCGCCAUCUACAAGGUUUGCUGGGGGAUUGGCUGCGAAGAAUCGGACAUCCUCGCGGGGUAUGACGCCGCGGUGGGCGAUGGAGUGGACGUGAUAUCCGUCUCCAUCGGAGGACCCGCGGUGAAGUAUAGCUUGGAUGGGUUGGCGAUCGGAGCUUACCACGCGGUGGAGAAGGGCGUCGCGGUAGCGGCCGGGGCUGGAAACUUUGGUAUCUGGACGAUGCAGGUGAUCAAUGCCGCGCCGUGGAUUUUCACCAUCGCUGCUAGCACCAUUGACAGGAGCAUUGACAAAGCCAAGCCGGACGUGACUGCUCCUGGUGUUGAUAUCUUGGCAGCUUGGCCAAGUGGUAUCGCAGUUCCAGGAUUCAAUGGCGGUACCAUUUACAGCGACUAUGCCCUUCUCUCCGGAACUUCCAUGUCCACGCCUCACGCUGGGGGAGCUCUGGCAUUCGUAAAGUCGGUCCAUCCAUCUUGGAGCCCCGCUGCUCUAAAAUCUGCGCUCAUGACAACAGCCACAACUCUUGACAAUACAAACCAAACAAUCAAAACAUCCUACGGCGAGCCAGCGACACUCUUCAGCUAUGGCUCCGGGCAAAUCCAGCCAGCAAAAGCGCUCGAUCCGGGGCUGGUCUACGACAUAGAACCCACGGACUACAUCUCAUACCUUUGCAGCACGGGCUACUCCUCGGCCCAAGUUCGCAACAUCACUGGGGACAAGUCCACUGCGUGCUCCACAAACUCCACCUUCGAUCUAAACUAUCCCUCCAUUGGAAUCGCGCGGCUUGAUCCUGGAGAGAGCAACGCAGUGACCGUCGCCAGGACGCUGACGAGCGUGGGAUCGUCGCCAUCGGAUUACCGCGCGAGCGUGGACAAGCCAAGCGAUGCCAGGCUCUCGGUUGUGGUGGAACCCGAGACGCUGCGUUUCGGUAGCUCCGGAGCCAAGCUUUCUUUCAAGGUGGCGGUCACCUUGGCGAGUUCUUCAGGGCACACCAACGCAACCUGGAUCUACUCGGCAUUGAUCUGGAGCGAUGGAGUUCAUCGUGUUCGCAGCCCGAUUGCUGUUCUUGCCUCGUCGUCUUGA